UAUAUUUUUAUUGUUCAUCCAAAAUGUUUAUUGGUAGCUAAGAGUUAUUGCGCACGUGACUUAUCUAUUGUUUCACACGGGUGCACCCAGUGACCCCAAGUGUGACGUUUUUGGCACAAAUCCAAUGCUUUCCAGGAAUUGCAAAUGACGUAAUGCACAACUUUUUACUUAUUUCCAUGACAAUGAGGGAAAUGGAUUCUCUCAGAAAAAUCUUGUCUAACUUCGGAGAAUUAUAAACUAUGAAAUACUACAAAGUAAAAGUGGUAUUUUAGCACCCCCUGUAUGUAGGGAGUUUUGUGAAGUUGAAUCAUGUCAACAGGAGCGGAGAGACCUUUGCCUGAUGAUGAAGAAAUGCGAAGGAGGGGAUAUCAACUCGGCCCCACCAUAGGCGAAGGUUCUUACGCAAAAGUUAAAUGUGGCACCAGUGAAAAACUUGGGGGAUGUAAAGUUGCGAUCAAGAUAAUCAACAGAAAGCGUGCGCCUAAGGAUUUUCAAAUAAAGUUUCUUCCGAGAGAACUUGAAGUCUUGAGACGUGUCAAUCAUGAUCAUAUUGUACGACUCUACGAAAUCAUGCAGUUCAGUAAUAAAGUCUACAUGAUAAUGGAGAUGGCCGGACAUGGUGAUUUGUUAGAAUAUAUCAAAUUAAGGGGAGCAAUACCUGAGGAAAAAUCUGCACUUAUGUUUUAUCAACUUGUCAGUGCCGUAGAGUACCUCCAUAGUAUUAACAUCAUGCAUAGGGAUCUGAAAUGUGAAAACAUUCUAUUGGACGCACAUAAUUACGUUAAGAUAUCCGACUUCGGGUUUGCACGGUUCAUGCAGAAGGGGGAGUUGAGUAGGACGUACUGUGGUAGUGCAGCAUACGCAGCACCUGAGAUCCUCCAAGGCACCCCUUACCAAGGUCCUCCUUAUGAUGUUUGGAGCAUAGGUGUCAUACUUUAUAUAAUGGUGUGUGGAAGUAUGCCAUAUGAUGACUCUAACAUUAAAAAGAUGAUCAAAGACCAAACUGAGCGCAAAGUUGGAUUCUCUAGAUCAAAGAAGAUUAGCCAGGAUUGUAAAGAUCUUAUACAUCAAAUGCUGGAGUGUGACGUUGUCAAGAGGAUUACAAUACCAGAAAUGGCACGGUGCAGGUGGGCAGCCCCAUUCAUUAGAAAAUACCAAGAAGAGAAGUUAAGAAAAAAAUCAGAGCAAGACAAAUUAAGGCAGCAGCAAGAGCAUUAAUUGAAGUUGGACAUUUUGACUAUUCAUAAAUCACAUGAUGUAAUGAUGGGAAAGAUUGAUAUAUCAAACAUGAAAGUUUUCUAUUUUUUAAUAAACCUCUUAUUUAU